AUUUCGCUCGCCCUUCCCCCCCUCACCAUGGAGCAACCGUCUGUCGUUGAGCACGUUGACCAGCACGACCACCACGGCCACGCCCAAGCGGCGGCGUUUGCGAGAGAGUAUGAGCAAGCGCUGCUUCAAGACGACGGGCCGUUGAAAGACGACAAGUUCAAGCUCGCAGUCCAGAGCCUCUUCGUGUGUGAGUGCGGCAAGCACAUCGUGAAUGCCAACGAGUACAACAUUGCGCGCCACAAGUCCAGCAAGCGCCAUGCCGAGGCUCUGUCCAACAGCGACUCGGAAUUCUUCAUCUGCGAAUGCGGAAAGCGCCUACUACGAUCGCAGAAGGAGAACGAGGACAACAUGGCACAGCACCGCGCAAGUCGCAAGCACAUCCAAGCCAUGGCCAAAAAGCAGAAGCUAGUCCACACGGACUUGUGCUUGCCAGGAAGGCCCGACGACACGGUAGAAAUGGACAAGCGUUUGGACGACCACUCAUAUGUAUAUCCCAUAGGUGUGGUCGUCCACGUUGCAAUCCCUACGUAGCCAUGUCUUCAGCCUCGAGCUGAUCAAAGAAGCCGAAGACGAACUCAUGCGUGGGCUAUCGUCGCUGGAACAAGAGUACCAGCGCACGAGUUCCCUCUUGAUGACGGUGGAGAAGUCCCAACAUGUAGGUCCUCCAUCCAUGCUCAUGAUAAUGGCGGUAGUGUCAUGGGUCGAUGGUAGAAAGCGCACCAAAAAGCCGAAAAGCUGCAGAGUGAGAACAUGGCGAUCAAGGCGUCCGUGGCGGCAGUGCUCCAAGCGCGGGACCAAGUAAUGUGUUUGACGUUGGUCGUACAUAUCGAGUGAAAAACGAACUACAUUGACGCAGGAGAUGAAGAUCCUAAAGAACAUUGCCGACAUGCAUUGAUAUCCGGCCCUUUCACCAAGGAUAACAACGCCGCCGGCCGCCACCGCUGACGAUGCUCUCGACGAGGAUACCCCGCGGUCCACGUUGAUUCUUUUGUGAAAGGAGUACAAGUCCGACCAGUUCGUUGGGCUGCCAUUCUACAGUCUCGCAUAUGUGCCAACAUACACAUUCUUCGCAUGUGUAUAUAUAUAAUAUAUAUACCCACACUUAUGGUAAAACGUCCA